CAAUUUGAAGGGCCAGAUAGAGAGAGAGAGAGCGAGAGAGAGAGAGAGAGAGAGCAACUGAAGCAGAGCAAGAGCCUGGUGGUAUUAAACUGUCUGAGAGGUUGACAGAGUGAGUAUUAUAAUGCUAUACCCUGGUACAGCUGUUAGUUCAGAGAGGCAGGUCUGCAACAUUGAUUCGUGAGAUGCUGAUGCUGACAUAUCAAGAAAACUAAACAAGCAUCUACAUGCAGAGAGGAGCACAGACAAAAAAGCGUACAGAGCGAAAGAAACACUGAAGGUCCCUUUUGACAGUUUCACACUGACAAUGGCAGAGCAGAAGCUGGAGGAGCUGUGCUAUCUGACUGCCCAGUCCUUGACGUUGCUGAAGACGUCAGACCACUUCCGUGUGGUUAAGCUCCUGGGAGAGGGUUCAUAUGGAAGGGUUAUGCUUGCAGUUCACAAGAAGAGAGGCACCCCCAUGGCUCUGAAAUUCUUUCCCCGUGGGUCCACUUCCCUCCUUUCCUUCUUGCGGGAGUACAAUCUGUCCCUCUCCUUCUGCACCCACCCCUCACUGUCCAGAGCCCUGGGUAUCUUCUUCUGCACUCCCUCACACUAUGUCUUCGCCCAACAGGCUGGCCUGUACGGAGACCUGUUUGACGUCAUCGUCCCAGAGGUUGGUAUGGAGGAAGAUCGUGUACAAAGCAUUGUGUCUCAGCUAAGCGGUGCCAUCAGUCACCUUCACACCCUGGGUUUUGUCCAUCGGGACAUCAAACCGGAGAACAUUUUCCUGUGCGACCAGGCCUGCCGAUGGGUCAAGCUCGGUGACUUUGGUCUCACCCGUGCCCAGGGAACCCGGACCCGGGCCGUGUGGUACCAGUCUCCCUUCUGCGUGCCUGAGAUGGAGGUGGCCAAAAAGAGGAAGGCUGAAUUAAAAGACCAGGGUGGCACGAAAGGAGUAGGGAAAGAAGGGGAAACCAAGGAGGACAUCUGGAUCGCAGUGGAGCCCAGCAUAGACAGCUGGGCACUGGGCAUCCUGAUCUACUGCAUGUUGACUGGGUGCUUCCCCUGGAACGAAAGCACUGCAGACGACCUCGACUACAAAAAGUUCAAAGAAUGGUUUGACCAGGAGGCAGAUAAAGAAGCACAAAAGAGUAACAACAGAGAGGUGGGGAGGAAGGAGACAGAGCACAGAGGGAACAGGGGUGGCACAUUGUCCUUGGAAGUGAAGUCGAGGCACAGUGAGACAGGCGAGGGGUCGGGUGCCGAUGCCGUGUCCCCUUACUUUUCUGUCUUCAGUCCACUGGCCCUCUCCCUUUUCAAGGAGCUGCUGAACCCAGAUCCAGAUGUCCGGGCCAGAGCUGAGGAGGUCCCCGGGUACCUGGGUAUGCCCUGGUUGGUCAAGACGGAAAAGGAGGAGAAGAGGCGAGCGGAAGAGGCCGAGGCAGAGGCGAAGAGGGUGCGAGAGGCGGGGUGCAUAGGGGAGAAGAAGGAGAGGGAGGACAGAGGAGAGAGAUAGAGUGGUGUAGAGAAAGCACGAUCAAAACAGAAUUUUAGUGUAACUGCAAAUCAUGCAGAAUGUUACACGAAAAAAGUGAAUAUAUCACAAGAUGGUACUGUAACAAAACAAAGAAUAAAGUGUAAUCAAUAAGACACGGAUGGUUAGGUUACACAUGUGUGCAGAUUGCUGGAUUAUUACUUGCUAUUUUCACCAAGCUGCACUAUUAUAUUUUUUACUGGUUUAUAUUGAAGAUGGAUCUGUACAUAAUAUUGUGGGAAUUUGUUUUGCGGUGUAAUAUUUUAUUUAACAAAAUAUAAUUGUAAUGUUUGUCUUGUCUUGUGUAUGUAUAUAUAUA